AUGGAGAGUAAUAAAGAACAUCACACUCAAGAAGAUCAAACUCUGCAUGUAGACAAGGAUAACGUUGUCAAUGAGUCUUCAAUUUUUACAAAUAUCACUGAUGAUGAUGUGCGAAAAAAAGUGUUUGAGUCAUGGAUGGAUGCAGAAUUUUUUUACAAAAAUUACAGCAGACGAGUUGGAUUUGGAAUUCGUAAACGUGAUUCACAAAUGAACAACAAAGGUGAACCAAGAAUGCAGAAAUGGGUUUGUUAUAAGGAAGGAAAAACAAAUGAAGCAGGUAACGACAUUGUCCAACGCAAAAAGAAGCAUUCAGAGGUACGUCAAGAAUGUCCAGCUAUAUUUCAUGUAAAAUGUCACAGAAGUAUAGAUGAUAGUGAACUUGCAUUGGCUAAGGCCAUGUGCACUGUAGGAAUUAAACGAGUAAAAUUAUAG